GGAGUUUUUCGAUAAAAGGUCCCAUCCUUCAAUAUCAUGAUUGGGUCAACCAGGCCAGAUCAUAAGUGAAAUAGUUUGAUCGGGUCGACCAGGUCAGGCCCGAUCAUGAGUGAAUAGAAAAUCAAAAACGUACAUAGCUGUUCCAGCGGAAAUACUUUGUUUAAUUCUACCACUUCUACUAGGAGUAGCCUUUUUAGUGCUAGCUGAACGUAAAGUAAUGGCUUUUGUGCAACGUCGAAAGGGUCCUGAUGUAGUGGGAUCGUUCGGAUUGUUACAACCUCUAGCAGAUGGUUUGAAAUUGAUUCUAAAAGAACCUAUUUCACCAAGUAGUGCUAAUUUCUCCCUUUUUAGAAUGGCUCCAGUGGCUACAUUUAUGUUAAGUCUGGUCGCUUGGGCCGUUGUACCUUUUGAUUAUGGUAUGGUAUUGUCAGAUCCAAACAUAGGGCUACUUUAUUUGUUUGCCAUAUCUUCGCUAGGUGUUUAUGGAAUAAUUAUAGCAGGUUGGUCUAGUAAGACGGGGGGCGGCCGUUCGGUCGCCCAUGAUAUACGGACCAAUUGGUCCAAAAUGGGUUUGUGCCGCAGGUGUUGA